AUGAACUCGCUGAAUAUCCUGUCCUCGCGAGUCAUUGGCCAGUCUUCCAGCUCUUCACGCCAUCGAUCGCAGUCCCAAGGCGACAAGAAGCGCACACCUCUACCACCAGACUUCUCGAAACUUCGGUCCUACAGUGAGGAUAAUUUCCGGUCCCUCGACUCCACCGAGAAGAGCUAUGACGGAUCAUCACUUGUGGACGAACGUGGAGAGGCGGAUGGGGGAUACGACUUAGAUGAGAAAACACCAUUACUGCAUGAAGUUCACAAAAAUGGAACGCUUACUGCUCGAAGCACUUGGUGGCUACUUACCCAACGGCUUUUUGAUGCUAUCACGGAAACCAUCAAAUUCAUCAUGUCUACACUUGCUGCACCCGGUGUGUACCUGGCCCAAUGUUUUCAGGCUGCCGACGGUGACUAUUCUCUCCUUGAGCCUAUUCGAAAGUUACGGCGCUCAUCUGCCGACGCAACGACCCGGUCGGACAAAGGAGCCACCAGGGUAGAGGGUAGGCGUCGCAGUGGUUCCACCCGGAAGCUCCGAUCUCAAAUCUCCAACGAAUCCAUAGUGUCAACAACGUCAGACUCGGACACAGAUCGACGACACAUCAGAAAUUUGACAAGCGCGAAGAAUCGGUCGACCAAAUCAAAAGGGCACGAUCCUGAUUCAAUCCCAGAAGCAGAAGAACAUGGGCACACCCCUCGUCGGUCUAUACGAAUCAAGCUCCAUCACGAAGAAUCUCUCAGGCGACAGAAGCAACGAAGGUCUCAAAGCGCCGAUAUAGGUCCACCGAUGCCCGAGGGUGUUUCGCGAGUCCAGGGUGCCGUCCACCUCGACAGCCUGAAGUCCCCCACUUCUCCUAGCGUCCACCGAUUGACAAGAUAUCCACAUUCUCCAACUCCGCCGCGCCCCCUUCUUCCCCCACGAGUGCCUUCAUAUACCGCGGCUCCCCGUAUCGCCAGGCCUCCGCAGAAGACCUUGGUGCUAGAUCUCGAUGAGACCCUCAUUCACUCGCUCGCCAAGGGGGGGCGAAUGUCGAGUGGUCACAUGGUUGAGGUCAAGCUCUCGAUGCCCGCAUCCACUUCAUUGAACCCCGGCGAAUCAUCGACGACAAUGGGCCCUCAACAUCCCAUUUUAUACUAUGUCCAUAAACGACCGCACUGCGAUGAAUUCCUGCGCAAGGUCAGCAAGUGGUAUAAGUUGGUCAUCUUCACGGCUAGUGUUCAGGAAUAUGCCGACCCCGUCAUCGACUGGCUCGAGCAGGAACGGAAAUACUUCCAGGACCGUUUAUACCGGCAGAGUUGCACAUUCCGCAACGGCGCAUACAUCAAAGACCUCAGUUGCGUGGAGCCGGAUUUGAGCCGGGUUAUGAUUUUGGACAAUAGCCCAAUGAGCUAUAUCUUCCACGAAGAUAAUGCAAUACCUAUUGAAGGCUGGAUCAAUGACCCCACAGACAACGGUCUCCUCCACUUGAUUCCUAUGCUUGAAGCCCUACAGUAUGCCACGGAUGUCCGUGCUUUCCUAGCCCUUCGCCGCGGUGAACUGGAGUCAUGA